UCUUUUGUCUCUUCCUUUCUUUUUCUCACGGUUUCUCGAGCUCUUGCAUUCUACCUCAGAGGAGAAGAAUCCAGACCAACGACGGACGAGGACUGUGUCGGUCCAAUCGACGUCUCCUCCGUCUUCUCCGUCAGAAGAAGGAGCGGAACUCACCGCCGACUCUCUCGGUGCUCACCGCAUCUCCUCCGUCUUCUCUCAUCUACGCCGUCAGAAGAAGGAUCGAAAUCCACCACCAAUCGACGAAUCUCUCGGUAUUGAUGGCGUUUCCUCCGACUUGUCUCGUCUUCCACCUAUUCGACAACUCUCUCGGUCAUCACGGCGUCUCGUCCGUCGGUUCUCGUCUUCUCCGACGUGCGACGACUCUAUCAGUCCUCCUGGCGUCUCCUCCUCCGGCAGGCAAUGUCUUCAGUUUGGAGAUCAGCUUCUGGUAAAAGUCAUCUGUAUUGGUGAUCUGAGGUGGAGGGAUUGGUUCACCUGCAUUAUUGUAUCAUGAAGCUUGUGGUGUGGUAUGGUUACAGACUUAUCGAUCAUAAUGUUGUUGAACUCAACAAUGUGCAUAGGCAGAUAAUCACUAUUCGGAAGGAACAUGAGGUUAGGAAGUUGAAUCUCAAAGCCAAGCACGAGGAGAAAAUGCGACAAGCUCAGAUUCAGUUCUUGUGGCUACUCUCAGCCAGUCUCAUCUCAUCUCUUUUAUUAUGUUACUCGGUUUAUUAACUUAAUUGGCUGAUCCAAGAAAGUUUGUGUAACCUUUUAUUAUGUUACUCGGUUUACACAACAUCUUCAUCUUCCAACAACAUGUAUGUUUCAAGUUUCAUUAUGUAUGUUUCAAGUUUAUGUGAUCUGUUCUGUGUGAAAUGUGAGACAAAGAAACUCAAGUUUAUGCAAAGCAAGAGAAGUCACGAGUUUUUGUUCUUGUAUAAUUAUGUAAAUGCUUGUCCUUGUGUUCUCUAUCUCAUGUUCUUGUCUUGGUAUUUCAGGUCCAAAAGAGUGUUCUUGUCUUCUAAGAAUGGCAUUGACAUUGGCAUUGAGACGAUCAAGUAAGGUUUUCUUGUUUAUGUUUCUUCCUCUUGAGCGGCGAUGGCGACUGUGACUUUUUCUGCGACAUGAAGAUUGGAUCGAUCAAUGUUGUUUUGGGAAUAUUGGAGGCUCAGAUUGAUGAGGAAAUUGGAUUUUAUGGCUCUACUGAGGAGUUUGGAUUGAAAUCACAAGGGGGAAUAAUGUUUUUUGGGCACAAAAGGACAGGAUCCGAUUGGACUUUUCUGAUGAAGACGAAUCAUGGCAUAAGGAAGGAGGGGUUCCUCGGUUGAUUGUGAUUGUGCCAGAUCUAUGGAUAAGGAAAGGGGAGACGAAUAGAGGGCUCCAAAAUUUAGACAAGGAAGGUGGUGGAAAAGUUUAUGGCCAGUUUGAUUUGAUAGAUCUCUCAAGAAUUAUGACUCAGGGGCAGUGGAUGGUUAAGUCUGGUGGUAAAAAGGUGCAGGCCCCAAGUAUGGGAUUGAAGAUCUCGAUCCCAAAGUUUGAUAAUUCAGUUCUCAUUACUGAAUACUCAAAAACGUUGAUUGGGAGAUGCAUGAAUCCUUUCAAGCAGGAGAUGAAUGCGCUACUGUUCCAUCUACCAAAGAUCUGGAAUGUCGAUGAGAGAGUGGUGGGCGCGGAUCUGGGCCUAGGACGCUUUCAGUUCGAUUUUGACCAGGAGGAAGACAUUGUUGAGGUGAUGAAGAAGGAGCCCUUUCACUUUGAUAACUGGAUGCUGUCUGUUGUUCGUUGGGAACCGGUGAUGGAGGAGAACUAUCCUUCCAAGAUAACAUUUUGGGUGCGUGUCAUUGGUGUCCCUCUGCACUUUUGGGCUGUACCAACUUUCAAAAGCAUAGGCGAGGCACUGGGGGAGGUCCGAGGAGAUGAUGAUAUUGACAUAGAUGAAGGGAAGGUUCGGGUGAUCAUUGACGCUAUCAAGCCUCUGGUCUUUUUGGUUACUGCAGAGUUCCACAGUGGUGAUGAGUCAACCAUCGCUUUAAGGUACGAGAAACUGCACGGGUUUUGUCGAAUCUGUUCGAGUUUGUGGCAUGAUCAGUUUCCUUGUCCGACGGUGAAGAAGAGUACUGACGAGGAGACUGAGGUGCAACCUCCAAAACCGGAGCAGGACCCAGCCAUGUUAAGCUACAAGGGAGCAGUGGAGUCACAAGGAAGAGAGCUUGGUGGUGAUGCGAAUGGGAAUAACCGAAGGCUAGGCCAUCAAGUCCCGAGAAAUAGGGACUACAAGGGCAAGGGUAUUGCUUUUGAUAACAGCAAAUAUGAGGGCAAUAGUAAGUCGGGGUUUAAGAGGUCGUACAGAGAUCAAGACACGGGCUACUUAAGGAAUCUGAGGCAGACUGGGAGGUUCCCACAAUCAGAGGCUCCAAUGAGGUACGCUAUCGAUACACGGGGUUUAAAAAACAUCAACACUCAAGAGAUGGGGCAAAACUUGGACGAGCAACAAAAGCUUAUGCUAGAUGCCUUUAGGAGCGGCAAGAGUGAAGAGACAAACCAGAUAUCAGACUCCACGGCUCGUAAGGCUCUCAGCUUUGAAGGAAACAUCUCCGGAACUGCUAUGGAAGGAUUGGGUGGUACAGAUGUUGCGAGUGGUAUAGCGGGUGCAAGUGUGGGAGAGGAGGACCCUAAGGCAUUGAAGGAGAAACUCCUCCCUGAAAGACAUGGUGCUGAUAAAGCAGAUGGAUCUUAAUAAAGAGGAGAGUGAGGGAGAGAAGAUUGAGGAGAUGGAGGGUCUGUCUGAAGAAAUAGAUUCAGAGUUAACUGGUGAUGUAGCGCUUACUGAGACAGGGGAGCAGGAUGGCUCAGAGCAUGUGGGUGAUGAGGUUUUUGCAGAGGCUGAUUUCGAUGUGGAGGAGGAUGAUCAACUGAUGGAGACAGAAACCCAGGAGGUCUUGAUUGAGUCUGAAGGCAAGGAACGUGGACGUGCUAAUAAGAAGAAGCAGGGGAAAGUUAAUGGAGCUGCUAUGGGAGGCUCUCUUAAGAAGAGAUUGGUGCAGAGUGUCGUCUCCCCAAGGAAGAAGCAUACUGUUAAGAAGGGCAGCAAGGUGGGGGAGAAGGAUGCACUACCCCCAGAGAAGGCUCCGGUUAAGCAUGUUCCUGAUCAGAACUAAAGUGUUUUUAAGGUCUUAACAUUUAAUGAAUAAGUGUUGGGAAAGAGUUAGUAAUUCCCAUGAUUUUAUUGUUGUGUCAUUUUUGUUUCCUUGUUAUGAUUUUCCUCUGAAGUCUUCAGGGUGUUGGAAUAAUAAAUUGGAUUUAUCUUCA